AUGGCAGCGCUGGCGUCGCUCAUGCUCGCUUUGAGCAUGGUGUCGUCCGUGUCUGGGCUCUACUUUCACAUCAAGGAGAACGAGGAGCGAUGCUUUAUCGAGGAAAUUCCCGAUGAAACUCUUGUGAUUGGCAAGUAUAAAGUACAGCCUCAGCGUGAUGAUGGCACGUUCAGUGAUACGGCGCCCGGUUAUGGUAUUCACGUUCAGAUUACGGAUCCCGAUGAUGAUGUGCUGAUGGCCAAGGACUAUGAAGCCGAGGGACGCUUUGCUUUCACCUCGCACGAGGCUGGUGAGCAUACCAUCUGCCUUCACACCAACUCGACCCGCUGGUUCUCCGCCCGCACCGUGCGUGUCACUCUUCAGUUGCUGGUGGGCGAGUCAGCCAACGACUAUCAGACGAUUUCCAAGAAGGAGUCUUAUUCAGCUAUUGAGACUCGUCUCUUCCAGCUCAUCUCGCAAGCCAAGUCCCUCUCGAGUGAACAAGCUUACCAACGGCGCCGUGAGGCUGAAUUCCGGUCCAUCAGCCAUUCGACCAAUGAGCGGGUCCUCUACUGGUCAAUUGCCCAAGCUUUGGUCUUGGUGCUGACAGCCUUGUGGCAGGUUCGCCACCUCAAAUCCUUUUUCGAGGCCAAGAAGCUUGUUUAA